AUGGCAACUAGUUGUGAUGUAAAUGGUGUAACAGCCCUACUCGGUAAAUUAGAUACCAAACGAAAUGCAGAGAGUACUCUAUACCCCCAACAAAAGCAUUCAUCUGUAAAUCCUUACUCUAAUCGACAAUAUAAAGAGACCCUGGAAACAAAAUUUUAUGAAAGAACAAAUGUUUAUGAUACUUUUCAACCUAAGCCUUUACCAGGUGCAACUGCAAAUAUCCAAGAUUUACAACUGGAAGAUGCUGCUGUAAGGCCGUCAGUGCCAUUAACGGCAUACCCCAACCAACAAUGGAGUGAUGAAUUUAAGAGAAGUUCGGACACUACAGAGAAUAAAGUUCGAUUUGAAGAUUCAAAGGUUAAUCCCAUUUUUAAUUUUACCAGCCGAUCUUACAAUGAAACUCGAAAAUUAUUCACAAUGCCAUAUGUUCAACCCCGACACCCGCAGGAUGUGUUGGCAACGGAUAGGGACGAAAUUGAGGUCAAUGAAGUAUUUAGUAAGGAGUUUGAAUUAUUAGAAAGUGAAAUCUUUGAAAAUCAGAAACUUAAACUAGACGCAGAGCUUCUUAAGGAACAGCAUGAAUUUAAAGAAAUUGCAACUUCCAUACAUCAAUUUACUAAGGAGAAUGGACUGGAUCAAAAGGAAAAGUUUCAAAAUUCCAAGUUUUUGGGCUUAAUUAACCAGAUUAAAGAAGGAGAAGUUACUAUUAAAAAGGAUGAAAAUGUGUUAGAAACUACAAAAGACGGUAACAAGGUAGGUAAUGAAUAUUUCCCCGUAGAGGAUGAAAUUAACUGA